AAUGGCGGGAUGAGUCAGGUUAGCCGAUUGGUCGGGCAAUUGCCAAGGGAGCUACGGUGGGACAACGGAUAAACAGACUUCAAAGUUUCGUAGUGCUUGCAGCGCAGGAACACGCAGAGGGAGAGUCGGUGUCCGCGUGCGCAUGUUUGCCGCGAAUCUUACUUCGAAUCCUUACACAGUGAAGAUUAAUAUUUCUGGUGAUACAUUUCUGGCGAAUUGCUACUUGUCACAUGGUUUUGAACACUUUUCAUGCAAUGUCAUGUUGAAAUAACAUCAUGUUGAAGUGACAAGUGAGAAAUGGGAAUAUAUCGUCCGGAAAGGCACGAAGAUGGAUGAAAUGGAAAACAUAAGUAUCUGCGAGACACCUUGCAUCACGAUAAACUCGAGCAAUCGCAGUUGGCACGACAGUGUUAACGACAGUGGUUAUGUGUCUAUUACUUCUCAUUCUGGCGGGUAUACACCAAUAAUUUCAAGAUACAGGUCUAGAGUGAGAGCUACUCCAGAUUAUACAGGAAGAGAAACAGUGGAUAUAUUGGCGCUCCUUGGAGACAAAAGCAAUCAUUGGAGGAUAGUGUCUAAAAUAUUAUCCUUCCUUGGACCGCAGGAUCUUUGUUCAAUCAGUAUGGUGUCGAAAACAUGGAAGAGAAUCUGUAUAAACGAUUCUAGGGCCAAUACCAGAAGACUGAUCCAUGUAAUACUCAGACAGAAUGCCAAGGAAAAUCUAAAAUUAAUUAAAAAGUCAAAGAUAGAAGGAGAUAUUCAAAGCAGUCCUAGGAGCAGAUACGCCAGAAAAGGAUACUUGUUAGAGGUACAGAAUCUUUUGCAAGUACCAGGAAAUCAACUAUCACCUAGCAGUCCACCUGUUUCUCCCAGCAAAGUAAAAUUCCACUCUUUCGUCAAGGCUAGUCGUACACUCGCACCCUGGGAACAUUUGUUACCUUGCCCGAGGUGUUCAUUUCCCUGUCACGUGGACGGCGAGAAAAACGUGGGAACAUGUUCGAGGCAAAGUUGCUCCAUGGAAUUUUGCACCUUCUGUUCAUCGAGGCCACACACUGGUCCUUGUAAAACACCGCUAUUAGCCACACCGACCAAGAGGAAUAAACGGCGGCUGAUCAUUGGCUCGAGACAGAGCAAACGAAACCUCAGGAGAUUAUGAGUACUUUCGUUGGAAAACGUCGUCGAUCGUCGGGAGUGUCUUAUUAGAUGAAUUUCAUCAAAAAAAAAAAAAAAAAAAAAAAGAAAAAAAAAAGAAAAAGAAAUCAUAACGCAUCUUUCGACGAAAAUUAAAUUAUAAUCUUGUUGCACAGUGCGAGCGCGCGCGUGUCGAGAAUUGCGAGGAAUAUUAUACUUGGGGAUUAUUUAACUGUUGUGACACGUAGUAUUUUAAAAAUCUAAGUGGUUCGCAACCGAAAGAAAGGAUCGAUUAAACUGUAUGUUUAAAACGUGUGAAACUUAUCCGUAUUUUACAUUUUACGAAAUUUUAAAGAAACUUGAAACUUGUGAUUUGUGAAUCGUAAAAAAAGAUGGGAUAUUAAUGGUAGUAUAUUAUGGAUUCAUACACACGCACACACAUACACACACACACACAAAAUCGUUACACCUUAUUUUUAUAAAUUAGUGGGAUGGCGAUUCAAAUCAUUCCCCUUUUAUAACUUUCCUCGCUUCCGAACCACUUGCGAUAUUCGUUUAAUCAGGCAAGCAAAUGGAGGAGAGAGCCAAGAGUUAACGAACUCUCGGUUACUAAACAGUCGAUCGACGUAAAGGCCACAUAAGAUACGCCUUUUGGAUCGUUAUUGAUUCCGCGGUGAGUUAGUGGGAAAUCUAUGAAAUUUUAAAACGCGGUCUCACGAAGUUGUUAAAUCCAAACUCAGCAAAUUGAAUAUCGUCUGUUUAAGAAUCAUAAAUUCGCGAUAUGAUUGAGUUUUAGUUGCUGCGCGAUUAACUCGACUUUUACGUGGCUCUUAAAUUACAUAAUACAAUACGGAUAACAAUAAUAUAAUAACGAUAAUAACAAUGCGGAUAAGAAAUACAGCAAGAGAGAAAAAAGAAAAUACAUACGAGGAAAGAAUAUAAGAACCGAAUCGUAAAACUUUUAAGGGCAUGAGCCGACGCUUCGCGUCGACCACUUUUUACUCGGUUAAAAGGCAUCGUGUGUCGCGACUUAAUGAAGCCAGUAAAGGGAAGACGGUUGGUUAGAAACCAAGUUGCACUCUUUUCGCCCGACUCAUUUUUUCUAUUACGCGAACGCUCUCUCGUGACACGAUAACCGUCGACAUAUAAUGCAGCGCGUCUUCUCUAGAACGCCUAUAUACUAGCUUUUGACUUUUCUACGAAUCGUUUGCCUUAUUAAUUAACUGGUUGUGCGUUUUCUCUGCCCCCUUCGCCGUAGUCUGCAGAGUUUCAUUCGUGACGCAUCGCUAGCAAAAAGAAUAUAACCGAAUCAAGGUAAGAACGCCAAUUAAAGUAGAUGGCCGAAAGAAGGAUGUGGCCAGCCGCUGAAUUGUAAUAAAAUGAAACGUUGCCGCUAAAUGUUGCCGGAAUGUUAACGCGCGAAAAAAUGAAACUGAAUUUGUUCGUGUCUUGUUUUUAAAUAUUUAUCGACUCGGUGAAAGGGGGGCGGGGUUAUUUUAAUUUUAAUACCUUGACCAAAUAUAUCUAUGUUUUUAUGCUUUUAUCGCGAACAAUAAUUCGUUAAGAGAGUACAACGCGUUGUCCACGAAAAGACUCGACAAGCAUCUCAAUUGAUUAAAUUAUUUGUUUGUCUCUCGAUGUUUGUCAAUGUUUUUAUCGUAGUAAUGUUAUUAGAUAAAUUGAAAACAUUUAAACACGUUCGUCAGGCAGGAAAAAGAGCGUUUCUAGUUUUUUAAACUUUAUCCCUGGCUAAGUUGCAAAGCGAUAUAUAGCAGCCGGAAAUUGUUGACUAAUUUUUAGUAAAAUGUAUCUUGUGCAAUUUAAUCCCGUCUUACUUUACUGUUCGUCGAAUCGUAAUCCCUCGAUGCGCACGUUCUUUCUCUCUUAUCGCUUACUCUCCUCCUAAGAUGCGAUUCUCUCUCCAAAGAGAACAAGGAAAUGUUUUGUCUCGCGUGUGUACGUAUUGCUGCUAGUCUUAUAAAAUACGAGGUCAAAAAAGGAUUGCCAUGACUCGUAAAAAGGGUCGCUCAAAAAGUAUUAUUGAAGUAUGUAUGUAGCUAUAGGAAUAGUAAGAUAACAAGUUGUGUGAGUCAAGUAUCGGGGGAUAAAGAGGAGCGGUAAUGACGAAACCUUCUCGAUGAUGGAGAGUUACCUUUGAUCCUUUAUCGAUUGUAAUUUACCAUAUCUGUAUAAAUAUCUGUAUAAAUAUCGUUUUUACAUCUCGAUAAUGAAUGAUCGCGUGACAAAGAUCUGCUAUCAUUAAACCAACUUGAAAGUAUUAUUUUUAUAUUAAUGGUAUUGGCCUACAAUUCAUGGAAUUUUUUGAACAAAAAUUAAAGGUUGGUUCAGACAGGAUUGAAUAGUUUGCGGUCAACUAGCAAGUGAAGUCGAAUUUACACUGUUUCAUUGUGGAUGAUCUUCGAGAAAAACGGAUGGUUCUUCAAGAAAAAAAAAAAAAAAAAAAAAAAGAAAAAGAAGAGCAA